AUGGCGACCAUCGCAGCUGGAACAGCCGUCCCCACAGCAGCGCUCACUGCCAGCAGAGCAGCUUCCGCCGCUUCCGCCUCCACCAGCUUCGCCCGCUCCGCCGUCCCCGCGCCUCUCCCCGCUCCCCUCUCCGCCGCUCCCCGCGCGGUUCGCACCCACCUCCUCCGCUGCCGCGCUGCUGCUGUCGAGGACGGAGCCGUGAAGGAGGUGGCGGUUGAGGCAGAGGAGCUGAGCAAUGGCGCAGCUGUGGCCGCGCCGACAGUGGACGAGGUGCAGUCCCUGCUGAUGGAGGUGCAGUCCCUGUUGAUGGAGCUUUGCGACGAGACUCACAUCGCCGAGCUUAAGGUCAAGGUCGGCGCCUUCUCCCUGCACGUCAAGCGGGACGUGGAUGGCAGCAUCGGGCAUGCCGUGGCUGCUGCUGAGGCCUCCGCCGCGGCCGCCGCGGCUCCUGUGGUGUACGCUGCGCCAGUGCCCGCCUUCCCCAUGGCGGAGUCCCUCCCUGCCGCGGAGCCUGUGGCGGAGGUGGCUGCUGAGCCUGAGAAGCCCAAGGACGAGGGCCUUGUCUAUGUCACGUCCCCCCGGGUGGGUAUCAUGCGACGUGGCAAGCUGUACAAGGGCAAGCACGGCCGGCCAAUUGUGCUCGAGGGAGCGGUGGUGAAGAAGGGGCAGGCCAUGUGCUUCCUGGAGCAGCUGGGCACCAACCUCACGAUCGAGGUGGGCGUGGGAGAGGGUGGGAUAGGGCACUCAUUGGUCACCAAGGGGCAGGCCAUGUGCUUCCUGGAGCAGCUGGGCACCAACCUCACGAUCAAGACGGAGCAUGCCGGCACAGUGGUAGACUUCCUGGUGGAGGAUGGAGUCCCCGUGGGCUACGGUGAGCCCCUGGCAGCCAUUCGCCCGUCUUUCCCCGGCAUCAUGAAGCUCACCUGA